GGUUAGUAUGUAUGCACAUACUGCGACAUAAUUACUAACAUUCCUCUUUUCCAUCAACCUUAACCAAUCUUUCCAAGCCUACCAUCGAUCAGCACUUUGACCGGCGGUGAAGAUGGAGACCAACCUGGCCUUGUCCGCUACCAACAAGCACCCACAUGACCAUCCACACGGCUCACAUUGAACGCUCAGUGGACAAAAUCCUAACAACGACGCCAUGGCAAGAUCGAGCGGUGCAGGUGCUGUCGAAUCUAUACUAGCUCUUUGAUCCCCGCCGGUCGGAGGCGAACAAUAGGGGGGUCAUGCGGCACACUGUCUAACUUGCCCAGCAGCUGUAGAUUCAUUGUCUUGGAUAUUCCAGCCGACCUAUAUAUACACCAAGCAGACAGGGGAGCAUUCAAUGUAUACAGGCAUAGUCCCCCGCACCUCGAAGUUCGUAGUUCUUCUCAUAGUCACAAGAUUGCCUCAAUUCAUUUCAGGUUCACGUACUGGCAAUAUAUCAAUAUAGCAUACCUAUAUUUAGUAUAUCAAAGACUGGCUCUACUUGCUCUCUUCUCCUAUCCCGGUUUGUUAGCUCGCCACAGAAAUAAAAGGAUACCUACAUAUAUCUCACUGGUAAUGGCGGAUCCGAACCCCUUUAAGGACAAAGUCAUCUUGGUGACGGGAGCGGCUCAGGGGUUUGGGGAGGCAAUUGCAGAAUACGUCGCAGCCCGCGGUGCAAGCCUCUCCCUAGUAGAUUUGCAAGGCGACAAGCUUGCCGCUACAGCGCUACGUAUCAGCAAGGCGCACCCAGACAUUAAGGUCCUGACCGCAGCCCUAGACAUCACGGAUGAAAAAGCCGUUGAGGAGUGGGUCAUGGCGAGCAAGGAGAAACUUGGGAAGAUCAGUGGAUGUGUGAACAACGCCGGCAUUAUUGAUCCAGAUACAACCCCAUUGACGGAGAUGAGCCUGGAGACAUGGAAUAAGGUCAUCAACGUGAACCUAACAGGUCUCUUUCUUUGCCUCAAGUACCAGCUACGUGCUCUCGAGGAUGGAGGCAGCAUAGUCAACAUGUCAAGCGUCGCCGGCAUGUGCGGCAUGGCAUUUCACCCAGCAUACAGCUCUUCCAAGCACGGCCUCGUCGGCCUGUCCAAAACUGCCGCGGCACAACACGCACACCGCGGCGUCAGGGUGAAUAUAGUGAGCCCAAGUAUCGGGGACACGCCAAUGUGGCACAAUCUACGCGAGCAGAUGGGAGGCAAUCUCGACGUGAAGGACUUCCCGCAACAGUUAUUCCAGCGGUACAUAAAGCCAGAAGAGCUCGCGGCCACGGUUGCGUUCCUCUUAGGCGACGAGAGUAAGUUUUUCACGCAGGCGAUAAUACCGGUAGACGGUGGGUUUACCGGAUAGAUGAUAUACGCAUAGUAAUAAAGUGGCACGUUAAGCUAGUGUGUUUUAUGAAAGAGUAUACGAUGUAUAGAGCAUAUGUUGAUAAAUUCGUGUGGUUCUAUUUGAUUAGGUAGCAGAGCUAAGCAUUUGAGAAGGUUGUGUCGUCGAUACAUGGAUCUACUUUGUGCGUAGAAUACGAAAAGCCAUUAUUGUGCA